UUCAGCUCCUGGGGGUCCUCGAAUACAAAAGCUUCAGCUCUCUCUGCUCUUCAGCUCAGACAAGCCCUGCAGGAUGCCUGGAAACAUCACAUCAGUGCCCGCGGUGUGGCUGUGGUCCGUCUGUCUGUUGUUCUGCAUCAGACUGACCUCUGUGGGUGCAGCACCCAUCUGCACCAACGCUCAGGCCGGGUGCCAUGUCCUCUCACUAGCCAACUUGUUUGACCGGGUGAUCCAACACUCAGCCAGGAUGCAUGGCAUUUCCAACGACCUCCACAACGAAUUUGAGCAGUUCUUCCUACCCAGUAAAAAUCAAAUUGGCCGGAUCAGUCGCAACUGUCACACCUCCAGCAUCCUCACCCCAAAUGGCAAGGAGAACGCUCAGAGAAUGGCAAGAGAAGAGCUGACAGAGGUCAUUCUGAAGCUCCUGGUGGCGUGGAGGGACCCUCUGUGGCAUUUCCACCAGAGCAUGUCUCACCACCAUGACUUCAAUAACUUCAGCUCCAGCAAAGCCCUGGAGAUCAGCGACAUGGUGCACGAGCUACGAAAAGGGGUCGAGAAAGUGGCCGAGAAGAUGCAAAAUUUGGGGAUGAUAGGUAACUUUGUCAACAACCUGGCGUCUCCAGAGACAUUCUUAACAUCUGACAGUGCUGAAUGGCGCCUAAUGAGAAACUAUGACCUCCUCUACUGCUUUCGCCGAGACUCCAACAAGGUCCAGAACUACUUGAAGAUCCUCAAGUGUCGCAUAGUUCCAGAGCAUGGAUGCUAAUCCAAAGAAAAAUUCCACUGGAAAUAUCUCCGGUACAGCUGGUGGGGGUGGAACUUUUGAGGACAGAGACACUAAAGGGUUAAAGGUGUAGCUGUUGUGUUUUCUUUGGGCUGAUUAUGGGAUGUCAGACCAUAUUCACACUUGUCAUAUCAUGAUUGAAGUGCCACUGGAAACAAGUAUGAUCAGGAUGGAAUGUGUGUGAUAUGUUAUUUUAGACUUGUGUACAGAAAAUACAAUGUAUAAAAAUAUAUGAAUAAUAUAAACCAUUUCAACAAACA